GAUAAGUAAAAUUAUAGGGACCAAAAGAUUAAUUUUUUCUAAUUUUUUUUCUAAUGGAAUUCUCAUUCCUCCUCCUUCCUUUUCAAACUCCAAUCAGUACCCCUUCCUUUGGUCAAUAUCCUCCAAAGUACGCCGUUUACGUAACCAACAUGACCUCUCUUUCUUUCUUCUUCAUCGUCGUUCUCUCCAUUUCCGCGCAUAUGAUUCCAUCCAAUCCAUCUUAACAAGAGAUGCCUCAACCUAAUAAACCCCUUUUUCCUUUAAUCACCUUCAUCUUUUGGUCAUGGUGGACGCUUAUUAACGGCGCCGUUUCGGAGCCACAGACCAAUCUUCUAAGCACAGGCUGCUCUCCAUCUAUUAACCAAUUCGUUGUGACCAACUUCUCCGUCUUCAGUGAAAACGUCAACAGAACGUUCCUCCAUAUCAGAAAGCAGAUUGUGAAUAAGAGUAAGCACUUUGCGACGGCGCAGCAAGCCAGCGUAGAAAACUCCGUUUUCGCUCUUUUUCAGUGCAGAAACUACAUCUCCAUUCAUGACUGUGUUGUCUGCUUCGACGUCGCCGCCAAACAAGUCCGCAAAUGCGCUGCCGGAACACAAGGUGGCCGCGCCGUCUACGACGGCUGCUUCCUCAGGUGCGAGACCAAGACUUUCUUCGACCAAACAACGGAGGAUUUUAAUGCCGCAUCAUGUGGAAAUCAAACUGUAGCAGAAUCCUCCACAUUAUUUACCUCACUUGGGCAAAAAGUGCUACGGAAUCUCCAAACAACAACACCCAAAAAGCAAGGAUUUGUCAUGGCGACAAAAGCACAUUUGCCUGCCAAUAAUAAUGGUACAUUAACUAUUUAUGGCUUUGCUCAAUGUACUCAAACAAUCACACAGAGAGGGUGCGACGAUUGCUUGAAGGCUUGUUAUAGUAAUAUGCAGAUUUGUCUUCCCAAUUUGGAUGGUAAGGCUUUUGCUGGUGGGUGCUUCAUGAGAUACUCCACCACUUCCUUCUUUCCUGAUAACUACCAGACGAUUGAUAUCACCCCCAUGGAGAAACAAGGUCCAAGCAAUAAGAGGGCCAUAAUUGUUGGUGGAGUCGUUGGAGGUGUAGUUCUUGUUUUGAUCCUCCUUAUAUUAUUUUUCUGCAUUGUACGGCGAAAAUGCACCAAGAGAGUUUAUAGAGGCGACAUAAUGAGAGCAGCUAAGUUGAAAGGCCUUGUAAGAUAUAGUUAUAAGGACUUGAAGUUUGCAACUGAGAAUUUUAGUGAAGAAAAUAAACUAGGAGAAGGAGGAUUUGGUGCAGUAUAUAAGGGCACUCUAAGAGAUGGGAAAGAAGUUGCAGUCAAAAAGUUAACUUUACGAAAUUCCAGGAGAAUGGAAGAAGGUUUCGAGAGUGAAGUAAUGCUCAUAAGUGAUGCUCAUCAUCCCAAUCUUGUUCAACUUUUAGGAUGGUGUAGCAGUGGCCUUAUCAGAAUUCUUGUUUAUGAGUACAUGAAAAACAACAGCCUUGACAAAUUCUUAUUUGGUGAAAAGAAAGGUUAUCUCAACUGGAAGCAGCGAUGUGACAUAAUUUUAGGAAUAGCAAGCGGUUUGACUUAUCUUCAUGAGCAAUUCCGAGUUCGUAUUAUACAUAGAGAUAUAAAGACUAAUAAUAUUCUCUUAGACGAUGAUCUACAACCUAGGAUUGCUGAUUUUGGGUUGGCAAGGCUUUUACCUGAGGAUAGAUCUCAUCUUAGCACAAAAUUUGCUGGAACCUUAGGAUACACAGCACCAGAAUAUGCAAUUCAUGGUCAAUUAUCAGAGAAGGCUGAUAUUUAUAGUUAUGGUAUUGUAAUCCUUGAAAUCAUUAGUGGUCAAAGAAGCAAAGCAUUAAAGGAUGAUGGGGAUACUGAAGAUGAAUUCCUCCUUCCAAAAGCUUGGAAACUAUAUGAAAAAGGCAUGCACUUAGAGUUGGUGGACAAUACCUUAGACCCUAAUGAGUAUGAUGCAGAUGAAGUGAAGAAAAUCAUUGAGAUUGGUUUGCUUUGCACUCAAGCAUUUGCUGACUUAAGGCCAACGAUGUCUGAAGUAAUUGGUUUGCUCCAAAGUAGUGACCUAUUAGAGAAUAUAACGCCCUCUAUGCCUCUCUUGAUCGUAACUGAUUAGGGGUGCAUUAAGAACACCUCUAACAUCAAAUGCUGUUGUGUUCAUAUACAUACUAUCAGCAAGACAAUUGAAUUUUACAGGAAUGUGCAGUUAUGGGUGACUUUGCGUUUUGAACCCAAAAUGGGGGCAAAAUAUGAUAAAAGUUUUUGCUUUG